AGACUUCCAGCAAGCUCGUAUCUUACAUUUGCCCUCGCUAACAUGAUUCGUACGGGAACAUUUUUCCUUUUGGCCCUUCUGGCCCUGUUCGCAGUCGCUUUCGCCCUGGACGAGAUUCCCGUGGAAGGCGAUCUCACCGAACAGAAUGACAUUGGAGAAGACAUGAAUGUGGCGGAACGCUCGUAUUACCCGUAUUACCCGCCCAAGCGCCACCAUGGAUACCCGAAGAAGCCCUAUUACCCGCCCAAGCGCCACCAUGGAUACCCGAAGAAGCCCUAUUACCCGCGCCACCCUCCCAAGCGCCACCAUAGAUACCCGCGCAAGUACCAUCAGAAGAAGCACCACAAGCCGUAUUACCACUGAAAGAGUUUCCUUUCUGGCUGUGAACUUCUACUUAGGCUAUCUGUCCGUCGUCAGCAGUGGUUGAAGCUAAGUUGAGAAGUGUCCCAUUGGAAGUGAGAAUCCCCUUUCUGAAGCGCGGACGCUUGGAGAAUAGCUAUGAAGAGUGUAUUCGCUUCUAGUGAGUCUGAUCCCUGAGAUCGAGAGUCGCUGUAGUCUGCAAUAAAUGUCAUGAGAGCCAUACGCACACACGUUGCACACGUACAACAGCGAUCAACUCACCACGAUCGCCGCCGGCCUACGGAUCACUGGCAUCCCUACAUAAGGUAGAUAGACACGCGACCCCAGUAAACCGAGGCAUCGAUCUUGCAUCACAAUAAAAAAAAGUUACUAAAA